AUGGAAGCGAAAGACGCUGCUAGAGCUACCUAUCCUUCAGUACUCAGAGGACUUACAUACGCUCAGCAUUUGCCAACCCCUUUUAUCACAACAUUCAUGCUUAUUCAUCUGUCCGCCCCAGCUCUGGCGAGCAUCGGAGGCACGGAUGUUGCCAAUCAAGUGAUGCUACUGGGACGUGAAUACUAUCAUGGAGUUCCUCAAGAGAAAUCGCUCGUUUUUUUGCCUAUUACAAUCCACGUCGGAGCGUCCCUCUUAAAACGGGUCCUCAAGCUCGGGCGUAGGCUUGUUGUUCGCUCAGAGAAAAAGGGGAACCGAACCGUAGAGGAAUCAGCCAACAGUGGGACGAAUUCCCUGACCCCCUCGAAUGUCUUGGUGAGGACCGGGUACCCACUACUCCUAAUGCUCAUACCUCAUAUCGCAACACAUCGACUCAUCCCUUCAAGUCCGGUCCCUCCUAUCUCGUCUAUUUCCCCUAGCGAGCUCGAUUAUACGUUCGUUCAUUUCGGACUCAGGAAUUGGCCGAUCCGUAGUUGGCUCAUGUAUGCGGUGCUUGUCGGAGCCGGUAUCACGCAUGUAAUCCAUGGGAUGCCCGUCGUAUGGCGACAGACCGCGUUGAAGCUCCUCAAAAAGACUCGAGCUAUUCAUUCGGAGUCACGCAUUGGCACUUCGUGGUACAUCUCUCCAAAAGUUGGGUUAUUGGCAGCAGGUAUUGUAUUGCUAGGGGUGCUGAGGAUAUCACGAGAGGACCUAUUUAUAUCCCGUUUGAUGGAGACGAGAAUGACCUCCGCGUACCGGAUGUCGGUGUUUUAUAGAUAG